CUGUUGAAUCUAUUAUUAUACACUGAAGAGAGAAAGCUUGAAGACGGCGAGCGAGCUUCAUUUUUUCUAAGGCACCUCUCUUCUCAGUCAAAAUCACAAUGUCUCUUGUUGCAAAUGAGGAGUUCCAGCACAUUCUGCGUGUGCUCAACACUAACGUUGAUGGUAAGCAGAAGAUUAUGUUUGCCCUUACCUCUAUUAAGGGUAUUGGAAGGAGAUUGGCUAACAUCGCCUGCAAGAAAGCUGAUGUCGACAUGAACAAGAGGGCUGGUGAGUUAUCUGCAGCUGAGAUUGAUAACCUCAUGAGCAUUGUUGCAAACCCAAGACAGUUCAAGAUUCCAGACUGGUUCUUGAACAGACAGAAAGAUUACAAGGAUGGGAAGUACUCUCAGGUUGUUUCCAACGCCCUUGACAUGAAGCUCAGGGAUGAUCUUGAACGUCUCAAGAAAAUCAGAAACCAUCGUGGUUUGAGACAUUACUGGGGUCUCCGUGUCCGUGGACAACACACCAAGACAACUGGUCGCAGAGGAAAGACUGUUGGUGUGUCUAAGAAGCGUUAAGCCAAUGUUGCUAGUUGCAACUUCAUUGGAUCUUCGAUGAAGACCGAGUUUAAGUUUUGUUCCAGUUCCAGUUCUGGGUUUUCUUAUGAAAGAUCUUCUCUACUGUUUUAUUACUUUUAAGAUAAGAUUUUGUUACUGGAUCGUUAUGCUUUUUCUCUAGUUAACAAUGAUUGUUCGGUUGGCAAAGUUAAUUAUCUUCUUGAGCAAAA